AUGCGCGGCAUCUGCCACUCCUCCACGCUGCUUGCCCUCGGGCCCUGCCUCCUGUUGUUGGGUGGUUCCUGCAGCUCCGCCUGCUGCACGCCGGGAGGGGGCGUGUGCGGCCCAUCGAGGGCCGUGUGGCGUUACAACGUGGUAACCGGCAAGGCGAGGCGGCUAGCGGACAUGACAUGGCCUCGCUUCAACUUCGCUGCUGCCGUGCUGCCCUCCUCCGGCCGCAUCAUAGUGGCCGGCGGCACUGGCACCACCACCACCAUCACCACCACCACCAUCGCCGCUGGUGCUACUACUGAUGCUGCACACACUGCCCUGAGUACCGAUGGUGGCAGCAGCGAUGGCAGUGGGGGGGAGGCGAGGGAGUGGGCAGUGGUGGGCGACGACGCUCUGCAGGCAGCAGAGCUGUACGAUCCCACCACCAACCGCUGGCUGCCCCUGCCCGCCCUGCCCCACCCCACUCGCUCCGCGCAGGGCCUUGUGCUGGCGGAUGAAAGCUUCUGGGUGGUUUCCACCUCGUCCCUCUGCGCCACGCGGACACUGUCUGCUCAGGUGCUGGACGCGCCUGCACUGGCUGCUGCUGUUGCUGCUGUAUUGGGGGGAACGGAACGGGGCAGGAGGAGGAGUAAGGAAGGCAGGGGGGGAAGGCGGGAGCAGCAUGGGGCAGGGGAUGUGAGCGGGGGUAGGGCGAGUGGUGAGGAUGAGAGAGUAGGCAGUGGGACACAUACGUGGGGUUGCACGUCCCCCCCGUCUGCAUGGCGUGUGGUGCCGAGCAUGUCACCAAGCACCGUGGCAGGGCUGGUGGCCACACGCCUGACCACAGCCAAUGGGCACCUUGUUCUCACCAACCACGUGGCACCCAUGUGCCACCACGUGCUACAGUACCUGCCUCAUACCAACUCCUGGCGCGACGCUGGGAGGCUUCCUGUGUGCAGGUUCCGGGGGUUUGGGGUUGUGGGGGUGAAUGGGAAGCUGCUGGUGGAAGGGGGCGUGGAGGCGGCUACGGUUGAUGGAGCAGUGGGGUUGGAUCCUGGCAGGUUCCUGCAGCGCACACCGUAUGUGAAUGCCUUCCAGCCUAGGCUGUGGGGCGUGCAGGAGGGGCAGGAGGUGAGGCAUGAGCGGGACAGCGGAAGGGGGGACAACUGUGCGAGAAGCAGUGGAGGAGAUGGAAGGGGACAUGGGUUUAGGCAUGGAGGUGAUGAGGCGCAAGGAGGCAUGGACGGUCAUGGUGAAGUGGCAGUGGGGCUUCGUGCUGACCCGGCAAUGGGGCUUCUGGGGAGGGGAAUGGCUGAGAACGAGACGAGCAGGCAGAGUGUCAGCCACCCGAACCAAGGGGACAUUGGCGGAGCAGAUGGGCCUGUGUGUAGAAGUGAAGCGGGGCAAGCGGGUAUCAGAGAGAAUGCUAGUACCAACAUGCAUGCACCUGCACAUGAGCAGCAGGGGAAUGGAAUAUCAGCACCUGGGGGUGGGCAUGGAGACGGAGAGGGUGUGGAAGGUAGUGCAGGAAGUGAGGUUGUGUUGCAGGAGGCAGUGUGGAGGCCUGUGCGGCCGUUUGGCAAUGCGGGUGUUCCUCGCGUGUGCCAGUGGUGCAUAGUGUCCACGCUUUAG